AGAGCAGCUGCGACUCCGAGGGGGAGAGCUAGAGUGACAGAGCCACAAGUGUCGGCCGACCCGUGGAGCGGAAGUGACGUCACUUCCUCCGUCCGAGGGCGGGGCCUCGGGUCCCUUGUUGAUAUCUACCUGUGGACCGCAUGGAAGCAAAGACUCCUGGAAUUGUAACACCCAGGAAACCUGUCUUAUCUGUCAGUGCAAGGAAAAUUAAGGACAAUGCAGCUGAUUGGCAUAACUUAAUCCUGAAGUGGGAAAGCCUUAAUGACGCCGGUUUUACAACCGCAAGCAAUAUUGCCAACUUGAAAGUCAGCUUAUUGAGUAAAGAGAAGGUUGAAUUAGAGAGCAGCAGCCCAGCUUCCGGUGAAAAGGGAGAGAAGACGAAUCUGGAAUAUGAUAAGGAACUUGAAGCGCUGUGUGAGGAACUGCAGGUCACCUUGGAUGGCUUGACUAAAAUACAAAUGAAAAUGGAAAAGCUGUCUUCAACCACCAAGGGAAUUUGUGAACUAGAAAAUUACCAUUACAGGGAAGAAAGUAACCGGCCCCUUCUGUUUCACACAUGGCCCACGACCUUCUUUUAUGAGAUCUCCUACAGGCUCUCCAGUGCAUACAAGAAGGAGCUCCUCCUGAAACAUACCAUUGGUGCUGAGCUGGCCCACACUGCAGACCGCAACCUCAUCCUGACCUACCUGUCCAUGUGGCUCUACCAGCCGUACAUAGAGAGCGACAGCAAGCUGCAGCUGGAGAGCAUGCUCCUGGAAACAGGGCACCGGGCCCUGUAACUCACCUGUCACCUUACCUGUGACCUCAGCCUCAGGGCUCUCAGACCACUGGCUGGACAGUCACUAGGGUGGCAACUGUUGGGCCCGAGGGCCAGCCACUGCAGCCUCUCCAGACACAAAAGCACUUAUGCAGCCAUCCUCCCCUUCUGCCCUGUCCCAGAUCAUCAUGUGACCACCAUGGAGUGAAAUAAAUAAGAAGAGUGGCUGAGG